AUGAAGGUCAAGUGUUUGCAGCAAGUGCAAUACGGUAAAGACAUCAGAACGAGUUUUUAUUUAAGAAGAACUUUUUUGAACAAGCCUUGCUUUAGAGGUGUACGAUUUCUACAGAUCUUGAGAAUGCUUCAUGUCGAUCGACAAGGGGGAACAUGGAGGUUACUUGGUUCAGUCGUCUUCAUCCAUCGCCAAGAGCUGAUUACAACAUUGUAUAUAGGAUUUCUUGGCCUCAUUUUUUCCUCAUACUUCGUUUACUUAGCCGAAAAAGACCACAUAUCGCCUGAUGGGAAACAAGCUUUCACCAGCUAUGCAGAUGCCUUGUGGUGGGGAGUGAUAACAAUGACGACUAUUGGCUAUGGUGACGUAGUUCCACAAACAUGGCUUGGACGAAUCGUUGCCUCGUGUUUUUCUAUUUUCGCCAUCAGCUUCUUCGCUCUACCUGCUGGCAUUCUCGGAUCUGGAUUUGCGCUAAAAGUUCAGCAAAAACAGCGACAAAAGCACUUCAAUCGUCAAAUUCCCGCAGCCGCUACUCUAAUUCAGUGCUUAUGGAGAUGUCAUGCAGCCGAGAAGAAUAUUGCAGCAACAUGGUCGCGUAUAUAUUUCUCCUAA